AUGGAAGGAAUCACUAAAGAAAGCAAAAAACCAUUAACUAAACGACAACGAGUAGCACAAGAAAUUUUAGCUACAGAAAUUAGUUAUGUCAAAUCUUUGGAAGACUGUGAGAAGUAUUAUCAUGAAGUACUUAAGCAAUCAAAAAUAGCAAAACAAGAAGAGGUUGAUGAUGUUUUUAGAGAUUUUGAUCAAAUUAUUGCAGUAAAUGAACAGCUUAAGAAAACAUUAAUGAGUACUGAUGAAAAUGAAGAUUUAGAAGAUGUUAUUAUAGUUAAAUUUAAGACAAUAGUCCCUUUCUUAAAAGCAUAUAAACAAUUCGUUAGUUAUAAUGAAAAAGCAUUUAAUAUUAUUGCUGAUUGGGAAGAAAAUAAAUCUAUGAAUGAGUUGCUUGAACAGUGCAGAGAAAAUUUACCUGGUGAUAUCAAACAUGAUUUACGUUCAUUUUUAAUCAUGCCAGUUCAAAGACUACCUAGAUAUGUAUUAUUAUUAAAAGAGCUUCAAAAAAAUACUCCAAAAGAUCAUAAAGAUUAUGGUAUUCUUAAUGAAACAUUAAUUAAAAUGGAAGAAGUGACUAAAGAUGUAAAUGAAUCUAUUAAAGAAUCUGAAAGAAGAUUAGCACUAUUCCGAAUGAAGAAGGUUUUAACAAAUUAUUCUGCUUUUAAUGAAAGUGUUGUUAAAAAAGGGGAAAAGUAUGAAAAAGAUAUUGUUCAGGCUCAUAGAUUUUUUGUACAAGAAGGUGAAUUAACAAAAGUAUGUCGUAAAGCAAACAAGGAAAGAUAUUUUGUAUUAUUUAAUGAUAUUCUUAUAUAUGGAGAAGGAAAUGAACAUUCUGUACAAAUUAGUGAAGUAUUUAAAAUGAAAACAACAAUUAUUAAAGACAAUAAAGACACAGAUAAAAUUCAAAACGCAUUUCAGAUAAUGAAUUCAGAACGAAGUUUUGUUGUGUUUGCUAAGAGUAAAGAAGAAAAAGAGUUAUGGUUUAAAAAUAUUAGUGAACAAAUAAAAAAUGCUAAAGAAACUAUUGGAGACAAGGGUCAAGAUGAAUUCAUUCGUCCUGUUUUUGUUCCUGACAGUGAUUCACCUGAAUGUGCAUUAUGUAAAGUUAAAUUUACUUUUGUUAAUAGAAGACAUCACUGCAGAAAAUGUGGUAAAUGUAUUUGUGGAGAAUGUAGUAAAGGAAGAAUUCCAAUUACACCACAGAGUACUGUUUUAGAACGUGUUUGUAAAGUGUGUUUUAAUGAAUAUUCAUCAAACCAUCCAGAUGAUAGAAGAUUAAGUAAAGUUUCUAGUUCGAAGAAAUUAGUGAAAGAAAAAGAAAAAAAGAGCGAAAAUUCUGAAAUACAUGAGGCAAAAGAUGGUAGCAAAGAAGAGUUUAAAAAUGAAAGUAUAAACGAUGUAACAAGGGAUAAUGAAGAAACAAAAGCAGAAGGUGCUAAAUUAGAAGAAACUAAAAGUAUAGAAGAAAAUGGUAUUAUUUCAUCAAUUAGUAUAGCCAAUAAUAGAGCUUCUAAAUGGGUAUUAGGAUCAAAAAGUACAGCUGGAGAUAAACAACCACCACUAACAAGGCCACGAGUUUCUACAAAUUCAAGUAAAAAUAAAAGCGCAUUUUUUAAACAAACAGGACAUAACCCAGCAUUAGUACAAAAUUUUACUUCAGAGCUUUAA